CACAAUUUCAACAUUAUUCAAGCUCUGAAAAUCUUAUUAAGUUUUAUUCAAAUCUAUCUUAAGAUUUUUCCAAAAGUUCGGCAGUUUACAGCCAAGAUAUCUUGUAUAUUCGGUUCAACUUAUAUUUCUGAGCAAGUAUUUUUAACUAUGAAAACAAUAAAAGCAAAACUCGGGCUCACAUAACAAAUGAACUACUUCAUGUCAUUUUGCGGGUAAAUUCAAGCAAAUCAGGACCUAAUUGAUGUUCUCUGUAAAAAACAAACUCAACAAUCACAUUCAAAAAAAAAAAAUAUGUUUAAACUUUUUUUUAUUUAUAUUAUUUAUAACAAUCAAUUAUAAUAAAUAAUUAAGAUAAUCAAUGUACCACUAUUAUUUAUAUUAAGAUUUACCUAAAAUAUAAUACAAUAUUUAAUAAAAAGAAAAAGUACAAUCAAACAUCAAACGUAUAGCCCGGUGACGCCAAUAAGCACUUAAAAGUUUUUAUGCGAAUUACACGCACUCAUAAUCUGCAUAAUACAUAGAUAAUAAAAGGUUAAAAGUUAGCCGAUAGGUUAUCAGUAAUAUGAAUGAUAAAUUCAAUACUGUAUUAUUACAGUUAAACAGAAAUAAUGCUUAAUGUUAUAUUUCAUCAUUGUACUACAACAGUUUAGUGCUCUAGAGGUUAGUUAAUAAUUCGUUCGAGACGAGUAUACAAACAUUUCGAUUCGAAAUAAAUAAUUUAUUGUGACACAUAAAAUAAGAGACGCAGGCAUUAUAAUUUUCUUAUUUUGAUUCUCGGUGAAUACCACUUAGUACCUCGUAUCACUGAAGCUUUAAAAUCCUCCCCCUUCUUUCUAUAAAAUUAAAAAAAACGUAUUGCUAUAUACUGUUUAGUAUUGCUAUAUUGUUUAUAUGGUAAUAAUUAAUGUAUUUUCAUUUAUUUAACAUACACGUGGUUUUNUAUCCUAAAAUACACAUACAAGUAUAAGUAGAAACUUCAAUAUUAUGUUUUCAAAUUAACUCGAUGGCCUUCAAACUGUUUUGGAACUCAUAAUAUUAUCGUAUCGGAAUUUGGUCAGUCAGUUUGUUAUGGACCAAGCAACGUCACCACUCCAAAACCAUAAGUACGUGUAACAUCAGACUGCUCGUUAAAAAUUAAACACUUUGAAAAUAUUUUUUUGAGUCUAGGAAUGGACAAAUGCCGUUUUGGAAAAAGCGAAGGAACCUGGUCACGCUCAUGGUAUCUUUGGGAUAUUUCAACUUCUACACACUCCGAGUGAAUUUGGCUGUAGCAAUCGUAGCCAUGACAUCGUCAGUAGAUAACACAAAGGUGAGUUUGCAUUAUAAUUUGUCUCCUAGUCUAACUCCUCGGAAACAAGACGGUAAAGGCGAAAAUCCAGUGACGUCACGUGUACUAUCGUGUCCAUCAGAUAAAUAUUAUACUCAUAAAAACUGUAACUAAUCAACCAGUGGCGUGCCGUGAUAUUUUAUUUUGGGUAAGCGUUUACAUAAAACUUCAAGCUAAAUCUUAAAAACAGAUAUUUUAUCGACGAAAAUCACAAUUCAAAAUUCACUUAAAAUAUUUUUAUUUAGUUAAUAGUUCUAUAUAAAAUUAAACUUUAAGUUAAAUCUUAAAAAUAAAAAUAUGAAUAAAUUAUUGAUAAUUGUAUAAUUUAAAAUGUAUGUGUAGACAAAAUCCACUACUUUCUUAUUUCAAAAAUAUACUAUAUUUCAUAAAUAUUAAAAUAUUUUUACAAAAUAAUAUUAAUACUUUAACAGCAAAUGUACCCGUGCAUUAUAAUAACAAGUAUAUCGAUAACGAUCAUAGACGUGUGUAGUCCUCUUUUUCAGGGUAUGUAUAAGACUGCCACUAGCACCUCUGAAUUUUAUUUUAAACUCGUAUAAUUCUGAUAAAAAUAUAUACAAAAAUAUUGAAAUAUCUUACCAACUGUUUAAUUGAAAAUGUAGAUGGGAAGUUGGGAAUGUAGGAAACGGAAGGAAAAUUAAUUUAUAUCUAAAAACAACGAUAAACCAUUGUUAACGAAAAAACGAUUCUGAGUGGAGUUCAGAUGAUAGUGAUGCUUUAUCAACAAUAUUCAGUGUUUGAAUAGCACUGUUAAUAUUCAAUUUUUUUCGAUUUAUUUUUUUUCAUCGGUUCGUCUUCGAGGGAGACAUCAAUUUGGGGAAAAAUUGAAUUUUUAUUUUCAUCCCUUAAACACAAAAAAAGUUAUAACUUUAUUUAUUAUUUUUAUGCAAUUUUCAAAAUAGCCAUUUUGUAAAAAAUAUUAUUUUAAACAUUUUAAUGUGCAAUUUUAAUUCGUAUCCUAAUCGGAUAGGAUAGUUUCCUAUUUAGAGUUUUUUUAAUUUUUAAAAAAAUAGGUGUGAAGACAACUGAUAUUCAAAAGAAGAUAAAAAAAUUACCGUACUGAUUGUAAUUCCAUCGUAUAACAACUUGUUAUUAAUUUAUUGCUUAUUAAUUGUUUUCCGCCUAAUUAAAACGGGUAUUGCUAAAAAAUGAUUUAUCGAAUAUGAAUGUGUGAUAUAUUAAUAUUGCUUUCGAAGAAACCUGAUAAAUUGUUUUAAAUUAUAUACUCAUAUGAGAAUUAAUAAAAAGUAGUAAUUUUAAUAUGUAAGUCGAAUUUUCAUUUAACAUAAUAAAUGUUAAACCAUUUAUUACUUCGUUGUUGGUCGGGUAUGCGCCGCUUACUAUCUUGCUCCGACAACCCACCACUGAAAUCAACUGAACAUUAAACAUUUGUAACCCAAACAAAAGAAAAAGACGAAAUUUAUCCAAUGCUGGACAUUUUUCGGUAGGUCUUGGUUCUGAAUGUUAUCAAAAUUACAACGGUCAAUCAGAAUCUGACAAAAGUCGACAAAGGUACGACGAUGUCGUGAAAAGGCUUCUAGAUUGUAUACAAACUUCAGCUGCAUUAUCGGCUUAACACUGUGUAUUAUCUCCGGGUACCUCUCUCAGCGGUCUUACCGGACUGAAAUUCAUCUAUCCGUUUUUUUCUUUCUCUAAUCGUUCACUUGAAAUUAAUCAAUCAUUCCUACAUGACGAUUCGUGAAUCUCCGACGAUAUCAUAUUGAAUUCAUUACCUUUAUGUAAAUGUUAUCGUACAAUUGUCGUAUUCAUGUAGCCAUUGUUUGAUAUAGACGGCCGAGUUCGACUGGGAUUCAAAACUUCGCGGAAUCUUUUUGAGCGCGUUCUCGUAUGGAUACAUAACCACGCAAAUGGUUGGCGGUUUAUUGAGCACCAAAUUUGGCGGUGUCAAGCCGAUGGGCUACGGCGUAUUAUUAAAUGCGUGUUUCACGGUCCUAACUCCAUUUGCUGCUAGAUUUUCAGUUUAUCUGGCAAUCGCGUUCACUGUCGCCGGAGGAAUGUUUCAAGUUCGUGAAAAUAUAUAGUUAAAUAUACCACCCAGUAUACUCUAUUUUUAACAUAGUUUUCCUGGUUUUCAAUAGUUUUUAUAAUUGACUGGAUCCCCGAUUGUUGGUUGAAUUUGCACCAAAAAAAAAAAAAAAAUUAUAAUUUAAUAGUAAUUAUAAAUCAUAAUUGUAUAAAAUAGUAAAAUCCUUACUCGACAAUGCCCAGUGUUCUGAAAUCUAAAAAACCUGGCAAAAAAUUCUAGAAUCUAUUCUGAAGCCAAUUCAAUAUUGUUUUUUCUUCAGUUUCUAAACUGGUAAUUUUCAAAAAUAAAAUUAUAUCACCUAUCCAAAUUAAACGGUUCACUACAACAACUAGAUAACUUUAUUUGUGUGGUAAAAUUUAAUGAAAAAAUAAUUGGAUGCAAAAAUAAAAAUUUUUUUUUUAGUGUUUUUUGAACUAUUUCAAAUCUGGUUGUUGUUAAAUUGUUAUUUGUUGCAGUGGACACUUCAAUAUUUCAAAUACAACCGUUGCAAUAGCAUAUUAUAAUUUUAAUGUGUAUCCUAAUCGAACUUAAUAACCUACAUAAUAUAGGGGAUCUCGUAUCCGAGUACAAACGCCGUGUGGCUGAGAUGGAUACCACCCACUGAGCGCGCGCAAAUGUCGUCGUUUGGUAUUUCCGGUAGCAUCGUGGGUAUUAUCGUCGGAUAUCCGGUCUGCGGUUGGUUAGCCAAAAAAUAUGGCUGGACGUAUGUGUUUUACGUACCAGGUGAGACAAAGUCUAACUUUUAGACCUGAGGGUCCGGUAAUGUAAUUGAUAAUCAUUAUCGUCUACAACAUUAUCGGAUAAUAGCAUUUCGUUAUUACAUUAUUAUCAUAGGUUUCGUGGCCGCACUGUGGAGUAUUAUUUGGUUGACGCACAUAGCCGAAUCUCCGAAAGAAGACGUUCAUAUUUCCGAAGAAGAACGCGAGUACAUCGUCAGUUCAAUAGGUUCGACCACUGCUGUCAAAACAAGUACGCCAAUAUUUUGCAAUGCAUACUGAUUCGGUAAUUACAGAUGUAGGUACUCGUGCUUUAUUUUUAUUUUUAUUUUUUAUGUAUACAAAUUAGGUUUCUUUAGUUACCCGUGGAAAUGUAUAUUCACGUCGAUGCCGAUAUGGGCGAUAAGUUGUGCUCAUUUUUGCAGUAAUUGGGGAGCUCUCACACUGUUGUUGCAAUUACCGAGCUAUAUAAACGGUAAAUUUAUUUGUAUAUAUUAUAAUAUAAUAUUUAAUGUAUCCAUUUUAAACAAACUAGUACUUUAGAUAUCUAUUAAAUUGUAGAUCUUAUCCAAGUUUCGUCAUGAAAUUAUCAUAUAGUUAUGAGUGCUGUGUAUUAUUACUCGAAUAAAUUCGAUUUUCGAUAUUUUAUACUUAAAAUGCGAUGACUUCGAUAAUUUUUUAUUAGUUAUGAGGAAAAAAUUGCGUGAACCUAAAUAAAAGCACGUCUCUCAACGUACUUUAUUUUAUCCUCUGAACAUAGUAAAGGAUGUAUGGUUUUAUGAUUAGUGAUCAUAUGAUAUGUGCAGUAUGAUAUUUUUUAUUUUACUGAUUGUGAUACAAGUUUUCUACCGGAAAUAUUGAUUUGAUCAUUUACUGCAAGGGACGUUUUUUGUAGACAAUUUUAUCUAAUUAGUGUAUUAAGUAGGUCAUUUACUAAUUCUUCUUGUAGUUUUUUUAAUAGUUAGAAAUAAUAAGAAAAUGUAUUCAGUUAAUGACGGUUUUCAUUAAAGGCGAUUUUGUAUUAUUUAUUUUUCCCGUGAAAAAUAAUCGUAAAGAUUUGACAAUUCCGUUACGUGACCAAAACAGCGAUGAUAAACUUUUAACUAACUGUCAAUUUGGUUCACAGAUGUAUUUAAAUUUGAUAUCGGCCAAGGGGGUUUUUUAUCAUCGCUGCCGUACAUCGCUUUGACCAUUGUCCUCCAAAUUACUGGAUUGCUUGAUUAUUGGAUUAAACGAAAAAAUCUACUGACUACUACACAAGUAUGAAAAUUAUUUACGUACGAAACUAUUUAUAAUUUUUUUUUUUUUUUUUUUUUCUGUAGUCAAGGAAACUCUUCAGUAGCCUCUCUGCCCUGAAUAGAGCCAUUUUUAUGUACUUGACGGCGUAUUCUACAACGGCAGUCGAAUCUAUAGUAUAUUUAAUAUUAGCGAUGGGACUCGGGGGAUUUUAUUCCGCCGGAUUUAUGUAACUAUUCCGCCCCGUCGGUAAGAGAAUUACGAUGAUUCUAAUUUUUCUUUCAGCGUUAAUCACUUAGACGUAGCGCCGCAGUACUCCAGUCUUUUAAUGGGAAUUUCCAACACGUUUGGAAACGUACCCGGUUUUGUUACGCCCAUGGUAGCCGGUUUACUUGUGCAACACAAAGUAACUAUUUCAAUUGGUACUGCUAUUAAAAUCAUAUUAAUAAGAUAUUAUUUAUAUUGUGAUUUUAGAGUGCAGAAGAAUGGAAAUGGGUGUUUAUAAUCGCAAGUAUUGUACAGCUGUUCGGCGGAAUUUUUUACGUAAUAUUUGCAACAGGAGAACGACUACAUUGGGCUGAAAUCAAACCCAAAGAUAAUGAAAUCCAGAACCCAUUGUUCAAAAAUGUGUAAUAUUUUAUGCUUUAUAUAUAUAUAUAUAUAUAUGAAGUUUACUUAAAAUAUUAACAGUAAAACAGUAAACAUUGAUUUUAUGUUAAAAUUAUGUUUUAUGUUUUAUCUGAACAGACAAAAAAAAACGUAAAAAAAUCCGACCCGAUCGAGUGGCCUUGUUUUCUAUCACCGGGAAUUGAACCUACCUAGCGCCUACCUACUUAACGACUACACAUCACAAAUGUGCCAACAAUGUAUCCAGCACUUUUUUUUACACUGAAUUUUUACUAAAUCCUUUUUAAUUGUUCUGUCUACAAUAAUUUACAUUUAAUGAUAAUUUGAAGACAAAUUAUAUUUGUAUUGUAUUUUCCUUUAACAUAGGAUUUCCCAAAUAUUAGUGAUUUUUGAUUAUUAUUUGUAUAUUAGUUCGGAUCGUAUAUAAGGUCGCCACACACGGUCUAGUUGGCCUGUCAGUUAUGCCUGCACAGGUCGCCGGAGACCGGCCGGCCGAAAUGACGUCAGCACCCCCGAAUCUGUCCGGGCGUCACUUCAGUCACAAGUUUUGAUAGACAUGGCUACCAAAGAAGACGCGCUUGCUGUUUUAGGCUUGUUGAUAGCCAUGGAAAAUAAUAAAAUUAAAAAACGUAAACGUCGACUGUGUAUAAAAAUUGGUUACAAAAAAGAAACGAAUAUUCUCACAUUAAUCUGUUGACCGAAUUCAAGUUGUUUCCAAAAGACUGGUAUAAUUACUUGCAAAUGGACGAAGAAACGUACUUCCAACUUCUUUCAUUAGUGACACCAUUUAUUCAAAAAAAAGAUACAGUUAUGAGGAAAUCAAAUGAAAGGUUGACAGCAAUGCUCAGAUUUCAGACACCGUUUGCUCCUGAUCCUGUCCUAGUUGAUUCCUUUAUUUUUUUUUAACUCUUUCCGGUAGCUGCUUCUCAAGUUAUUUAUUUUUUUUUUAAUACCAUUGACUUCGUCGCAGAAGAGUCAAUUUCUUUUAGCUUUUCAACCAAAAAUUUGUAGGCAACGUUCCUUUUGCAACUAUCGUGGUAUUCUUUAGAUUUUAUUUUCCACAAACAAUGUUCGCUUCGAUAUAUAUCAAUAAAAUCUUCAAUACACUGAGAUUCGUUCUCUCGAGACAUUUUUUUUUUUUUUAAAUAACAAAACCUCACGAAAGUGUAGUGCAGUGCAGUGUAGCUUGCAGUGUAGUCGACUUUGAAAUAAAAUUAAACCGUUUGGUAAUUUGGCCGGACGGUCGGAGCCGACCGGUCGCCGGAAUCCACACAUAUUCGAUACGCCUGCGCAGUUCCGCAGUUCGCCGGAUGGACGAACGAGUCCGGUUUUGUCUGGCCACCUGUACAGGUAUAAUUGUUCAGGCGACCAAAACCAACAAACGCAACGGCCGGCCGGUCUCGGGUGGCCUGUGCAGGCAUAACUGACAGGCCGAUCAGACCGUGUGUGGCGACCUUUAAGUUAGUCAUAAAUAUUAUAUUUCUACGACAAAAUUACAUGAAAACAAUGAAAGUGUCCCAUGUUACCCGGUUUUAGAUUUCUUAGUGGUAAAUAAAAAAUAAAAAAAAAAAUAAAAUAAAUAUUCAAGUAACUCACCUUAUUUGUAAUAUUAAAUAGUAAUAUAUGUUUAUUAUUUAUAUAAUACUGUAUACCGUAUACUUUUAUAAGACCAUUCGAACUCCAAAACUGCAAUGAUGUACUGUUCAUAAUAAAAUCAUAAGCUUAAAUUAUUGACUAUAAAAAUUAUGAGUAAUUUAAAAAACAUUAAUAACAAUAUCGCGGAGUUCACUAGAGAUUAUAAGACAAUGUGUUUUCCCAUACUCCUUUAUAUAUUUUAGCUUACAAUAACCGACGGAAAAUGUUUACUUAUCAUUUAGAUACUUCUACUAUCUUCGUAUAACCUUAUUUAAUACCAAUUAGUUUAAAUAGAGUACCUAUUUUGUUUCAUUUUUGAGUGAUUUUAUUUUUGACGGUAUUACGCCACUACGGUUCGCGGUAGCGUGAAGUUCGCGCGACAUUUAAAACAAAAAAUCGAAGAUCCAACAAACACAAAGACCUAUCCAACAAUAUCUAACAAAUUGAAUACUACAUUUUUUAACCAUUACCCAACGUUAUUGAUGAUGAUGCACUGUUGACGUGAAGUUAGCGGCGCAAAAUUUUAAAUGUUAAUAAAACCCAAAAUAUGGUCCAACAAAUUUUCUUUUGCAGUUUAGUUUUUUAUGGCAUGCGUAUCAAUC